AUAGUUAGCACGCUAGAAGAAGACAUGGACCUAGCUAGCUAGUCUGUGGAAUCUAAUCUGCAUUGUUCUAGCUAUGAAUAGUUGAAAGACAACUUGAAAUGUGUUCUUGAGAUAUCCUUUGAAACAUUCAUAAUGAUGCUCCAGCUAUUGGUAGAUCGUAUUUGGCCGGAUUAGCUAGCUCUGCAAUAUCUUCUUGUCUUUUGUUCAAUCAUUUUAAACGCAACAUAGCUGAAAAGGCUUGUUGUUUACCUAUAGUGACCUGUCACAGCUGAUCUGGCUAGCAAACUAGACUACCUAAUUGACAACAAAACUUGCUAGUCGAAGAGUUAGCCUUGUAAGUUGUAGAUACAUCAGGUACAUUUCAGUAAUAUCAUACAUUAGCAAGCUAUUGCAUUCAUUAGCUACCCGGUCACAAGCUAAGGGUUGCUACUACUUGUUGUUGUGUGGGUAGCUGGCUAGUUUAUGUAGCUUUCUAGGUAAGUUAUCUACCGCUGCAGCUGUUGCAACCACAACAAUGUAAUUAUAUGUUAGCUGAACACAGUGCCUGAGUUUGUUAGCUAAUAUUGUUGAUGUCAGACCUGAGGGCAGGACGUGUGUUCAGAAUUCGUGCUUUGACAUGUAUGAACAACUGUUAUGUGAGAGUUCUCCAGGUCUGAACCUAAAUAAUAAUUUAAAGAAAUUGUUACUCAACAACAAAAGUGACUUGCUAUUGUAUACCCCUGAGUAAUGAAGCUUGUAUAAAUGACAAUAGAUCCAUCCAUUUGAUGUUGCAGAUGGUCUUGUUUUGUGUGUAGUGUGCAGGGGCGAGAUGGGCACUCAGGGCAGCCGGUUACAGGCCUCGUCCCAGGAUCCUGAGGAAGCAGUUGAGACUGCAUGUGCCAGUGGCAAGCAUGGAUGUGAAUACAGAAAGAGGAAACGGACUGCACAGUGCGACUGCGAGAGUGAGCCUGAUGAGGAAGAUGCCUUACUGGACACACCAUGGAGGAAGAAGCUGAAGAGCACCUCUAAGUACAUCUAUCAGACCUUGUUCCUGAACGGGGAGAACAGUGACAUCCGCAUCUGUGCCCUGGGGCAGGAGUGGAACCUGCACAAAGUGUACCUGUGCCAGUCAGGGUAUUUCUCCAGCAUGUUCAGUGGCUCCUGGAAGGAGUCUAACAUGAUGGUCAUACCGUUAGAGAUCCCAGACCAGAACAUCGACACAGAGGCUCUGCAGGUAGUGUUUGGAUCGCUGUACCGGGAUGAUGUUCUGAUCAAGCCCAGCAGGGUCGUCAGUAUCCUAGCAGGAGCUUGUAUGCUCCAACUGGAUGGUCUGAUCCAGCAGUGUGGUGAGACCAUGAAGGAGAAUGUCAGUGUCAAGACUGUGUGUGGCUACUACUCCUCUGCCAGCAUCUACGGCCUGGACUCUGUCAUGAAGAAGUGUCUGGAAUGGCUCCACAAUAACCUCAUGACCCAUCAGAAUGUUGACCUCAUGAAGGAGCUGGGAGUAGACGUGAUAGAACAGCUGAUCCAGUCGUCUGACCUGUUCGUCAUGCAGGUGGAGAUGGACGUCUACACCACUCUGAAAAAGUGGAUGUUCCUGCAGCUCAAUCCAUCCUGGGACGGUCCCAUCAAGCAGCUGCUGGCUGAUGCCGACGCCUGGCUUUGCAAACGCAGGACUGAGUUGGGAGAGGAGGAGCCCUUCUUAAAAGCAGAGGACGGCGCCCCCUUUACUCCUGUCUUCAGCCAUGUGCGCCUACAAUACAUCAUCAAUGACUUGGCUUCCGCACGCAUCCUGGAGAGAGACAACAUUCUCCCACCAGAUUGGCUGACCUCCGUGUACAAGAGCCAGUGGUUUGCCAUGCUACGGACGGAACACGACAAUGACAAUGGCCCACAGGAUGCCAAUAAGGAGGAGUUUGAGUCAAGUAGUAUGCGAUGUGGCAGGAAACUGACCAAAGAUGGCGAUUACUGUUGGCGUUGGACAGGCUUCAACUUUGGCUUUGACCUGCUGGUGACCUACACCAAUCGCUUUAUAGUGUUCAAGAGGAAUACGCUGAGCCAACCAUGUGGGGGAGCUGUGAGUCUGCAGCCUCAGAGACAUCUAGCAUACAGGUUACGCCUGGCCUCCUUUGAUAACAGUGGUAAGCUGGUGUGUAGUCGAUCCACUGGUUACCAGCUACUCACCCUGGAGAAAGACCAGGAGUAUGUGGUGAUGAACCUGGACAGUCGGCUCUUGUCCUUCCCUCUCUAUGUGUGCUGUAACUUCCAGUACACAUCUCCUCAUAUGGACCGCCGUCCUGAUGCCCCUGAACCAGAGAACAGCGCCCGCAGUGUAUCCUGAUGCCAGCUCCACACUUAUAAUACAGGCUAAUCCUGUCCUUGUCCCACACCAGCAUCUUCCAUGGCCCCUCUCUGACAUCCUGGUCCCAAGCUGUGGCCCACAACUUCUACCCCCCAAACACAACCCUGGCAUCUGCAUGCUCUAUAUCCCAGUCUAGUGUGUUCUGGGAUAUGUUGUUAGUUAAAAAAAAUAUUUUAUUCUUCAGCAUUCCUUUUAUAACAUAUUCAUUAUUUGAAUGUAAAACAUUUUUAUUUCAUUCCUUUGACAUGUCUUUUUUGUAUUAUUUAUUUUUCAUUUUUUUAAUGAAAGAAAAAGUGAGAAAAAAAAAACUUAAACUGCAAAUAAAUUGUCCACACCAGUGGGCUGUGGUGCUAUCAGAA